AUGGAAGCACCGAGCGAGACCCAGCCGAAGGAUACAAAGGUGAAUGACGCGGGCAAGCAACCGAGGAGGAAGGGCCAGAAACGGAAGCGCCCGAGGAAGGACGACAACCAAGAAGAUGCCGAAAUUAUGCGCAAGGCCCGUAAGUACGACAGAAUGGGCAAGCAGGACACAAACGUGAGGAAAAUCGUGGAUAAGAAGGUGGUGGGCAAGUACAACAAAGCCCGAGCGCUCCAACGUACGGCGGCUGUGGCGGCUGCGAGGUCCGAGCUUCUGCUUCCGAGCGAACCCGGUCAUCUCGAGUCCGAGGAUCCCCUCCUCAAGACGAAGUAUUUCAAGCAGACCGAGAUCGUGGAGGCUGUCGAUGUUCAAACUGCUGCCAACAGAUUCGAUCUGAACUUGGAGCCGUUCGCUCCGUACAAAAUCGAUUAUUCGCGAGAAGGCACAUACCUUCUGAUGGGAGGCAAGAAGGGCCACCUCGCGUUGCUCGACUGGAGGAAGAACAAGCUCCUCACGGAAGUGCACGUCAAGGAAACCGUCCGUGAUGUCAAGUACACUCACGCUCCCACCUUGUGCUCUUGUGGACUCGUCCUCCUGCCUAUCUACGCCACCACUGCCGAUAGGAUUUUGAACAACUAUCAGAUCUUUGCUGCAGCACAGAAGAAGCACGUCUACUUCUACGACCACAAGGGAACGGAAACACAUCGCUUGAAGAGUCAUACGGACGUGAACCGAUUGGAGUUCCUUCCUUACCACUGGCUGCUCGUCUCUAUCAGCCAAGCCGGGUGGCUCAAGUACCAAGACACGUCGACCGGUGAACUGGUCUACGAACACUCCACGAAGUUGGGAAACUGCGAUUGCAUGGUGCAGAACCCUUGGAACGCUGUCAUCAACCUGGGACACUACAACGGCACGGUCACCAUGUGGAGUCCAAACUUGACCACGCCGCUCGUGAAGAUGCUGUGCCACGAAGGGCCGGUGCGCUCGAUUGCGUGCGACAAGGUGGGCCAGUACAUGGCUACUUCGGGCAACGACGGACAUGUUAAGAUUUGGGACUUGAGGACCUACAAGCUUCUCAGUGACUACUACAGCUUUGCUCCGGCUACCAGUCUCUCCAUCAGUCAGCGGGGACUGCUCGGCGUGGCGACGGGUCCCCACGUGACCAUCUGGAAGGACGCUCUGCGGACGAAACAGACUGAACCCUACAUGAAGCAUCUUGUGCCUGGUGCUGAUAUCGUCGAUCUCCACUUCACUCCAUUUGAGGACGUCAUGGGCAUCGGCCACUCUAAGGGCGUGUCGUCCAUCAUUGUGCCCGGUUCGGGAGAGCCCAACUUCGACUCUUUCGAGGCCAACCCCUACCAGACCAACAAGCAGCUCCGGGAGGCCACUGUGCACUCGCUGCUUGAGAAGCUUCAACCGGAGAUGAUUAGCUUGAACCCGUCAGUGGUGGGCAGAGUGGACGACGCCCCGCGCUCGGUCAUCGAGAAGGAGAGGCGAGAGGAAGACGCCAAGAACGCCAAGCCGGUCAAGGAGCGAAACAACCGAGUCAAGAACCAGGCCACGAGAAAGUACCGAAAGAAGCAGCUGAACAUCGUCGACUCGCAGAAGAUGGAGCGUGCCAACGAGCAUGUCGAGCGCAAGGAGAUGUACGCCAAGCAGAAGAAGGAGCAGCAGGAGAAGGAACGCGAAGCCGAGAAGGCUCGGGGUGGUGCGCCCGCGUCCGCCCUCGAUCGUUUCAAGCCCAAGCCCCGCUUCGACUGA